CACACAAAAAAAGACUGAAUGACAAUUAGCAUAUAUGCUGUCAUUAUCUGAGUGACUACUUCUACUGAUGGUUUUCACUUGUAAACUAAGGCAACGAAAAAUAUGUUUAAUUAAUCGAACAAAACAUAUUUGCUUGCUCCGAGCAAAGGCCAGGAAAGAUAUUGGAAGGCAUCUUACGAUCAGGGUCAUUGAUAACUGUAUGAGAUAUGCCCUGGCCAAACGUCCUUCACGUCACUGACUCGAGGGCCUUUAGGUAUGAAUAAACAGAGUUAUCAUUGACCCCAGGGCUGUGCGUUAUCAGGGUAAACAAUGAGACCAGUUUGUUUUAGAGAAACUUAGCAGUCGAUUAAAACUUCUCAGCUAACAUGGAUAUUUGAGUUUGACCAGAAUUUUUCUACAUGGACACUGCAAUGGACGAUUUGAUAAUCCGCUGCGCCGCGUUGGAAGACUUUGACGCUGUUCUGGGUAUAAAUGACCACGUGUACGAGGGGCUGGACUAUCUGCCUGAUUGUUACCCCCGGUAUUUGACGUCCCCCCACAUAACGGCCUACCUCGCAGAGCUGAAGGGCGAGGCCGUGGCGUUCUGUAUUGCCCACGUCAACGACGAUGCCACCACCUUAGUGUUAAGAGCAGGAAGAGUGAAGCCGACGCAUCAAAAACACGGGAUAGCGGAGCGACUGGUGGAGUUCAUUAUUAAAGAAGAGAGGGCCAAGCAUCCCGGGCUGAGGAAAAGACGAGAUAUCGAGUUCGCGUCUGAGGGAAAACCGGUGAAGAUGCCUCUCAGAAUGGUGGAAAUAUCGAGAAGAAAACUGUUCUGCUUUGGAGCCCUUACCACUCACAUUAAAUGUUCUGAAAUUGCCGGAGUGAACAAGAUAUCGGCGGCAGAUUGGCUGUCUUCAGGGACCACAGCAACCAUGUUUCCUGACGGUGUUGUUAUUAACGGCGUCCCAUAUUCCAUCCUGCCCAGCAACGCCGAACAGAUUGAAAACGAGAGCGAUCUGUACGUGUCAAACGGAACGGCUGAAUUGACGUCGGGGUGUUUCAGCGCUGUGACGCGAGUGCGCUGCCCACGCGUUGGUCUGCGAGUUCUUAUCGACAUUUACGGCAGAGGCGCUGCCUUGUAUAAUCAUAUCUGUUGCCAUGUCAACAAUACACAGAUUAAAGCAAAGGAACUGAAUAUAGGUAACGUAUUUGUUCAGUUGUUCGUUGAUGAAAAUUUCCCAGUUGGAGAACUGAAGGAGAACGUGUAUCGUCUAGGACUUGAGGACAGGAAAAGCUUUUUUGGUCACUCUGUUUAUGACGUGUUGCUUUUGGAAGAAAAACUGUGAAAGUUUCUUGAUUUUCGAUUGCUCAAGGGAGUUCUUACAUAGCCUUUUCCUAUUCUCCUACACUAAAACAUAUUUGGCAUUAUCUGCUUACCCAAAACACUUUUUUUUCAAACGAGAUUUUCAGAUCUUUCCCUGAUUAUAAGCAGACUCAAUCACCAGUGUCUUUCAUGAUAACGUAUUUCGAAUUUAAUUCGACUAAUAAAUGCAUUAUAUUCUAAAAUGUGUGUCGUGGCAAUUAAUCAAGGCACUUGGUACACAAAAAAAUUUGCACCUUAUGUCUUAAAUAUUA